UCCUCGGCGUCUCCGUCACCGUCUGCUACGCUGCCGUCUUCGCCACCGUCACCUACCGCGACGUUUCGGAUAUCUCUAACAGGGUCGCUACAGAAGUCAUCUACAUGGCCUGCAUAAAUCUCAUAGGAAUAUUCUUUCGAUUGCUCAAUGAGAUAGCCAUUCGGAGGACAUUUCUGGAUCACCGUGCAAACAUCGAGACAACAUUCAAACUACAAUUUGAGAAAAGUCAAGAGGAACAUCUGAUGCUUAGCAUUCUACCAAGGCAUAUCGUAGAUGUAGUAAAGGAAGACAUAUGGAGUAUUUUUCAACACAUUAAGCUCAAUCAGUCACCACUGAAGAAGAAGCCUUUCAGUGGUAUGUAUGUCAGGGAACAUGACAAUGUUACUAUUCUUUAUGCUGAUGUUGUCAAUUAUGCUUCACUGACAGUAUCAUUACCAGUAACAAAACUGGUAGAAACAUUGAAUGAACUUUUUGGGAAAUUUGAUGAAGCUUCAGAGGAAAAGAACGUCCUAAGAAUAAAGUUCCUGGGUGAUUGCUACUACUGUGUGUCUGGUGUGCCAAAUCCCAAUCCUCAUCAUGCAAAAAACUGUGUAGAACUUGGACUGGAAAUGAUUGCAAUCAUUAAAGAAGUCCGAGAGGAGCGGAGGCUGAACCAGUUGUUGGAUAUGAGGAUUGGAAUUCACACAGGAAAAAUUCUCAGUGGUCUCCUGGGAGUAUGCAAGUGGCAGUACGAUGUAUGGUCAAGAGAUGUCAUCAUUGCCAAUAGUAUGGAGCAAUCUGGGAAACCAGGCCGUGUCCACAUUACCCAGCAAACAAUGGACCAGUUAGGAAAUGCUUAUCGAUAUGAAGAAGGACACGGAGCUAGUCGAAAUGCCAUACUUCAAAAAUAUAAUAUCAUCACAUAUUUUGUAAUUUCAAAUGAGCACAGUCAAGAGGAAUCUUCCAAUGAACUGAGACCCUCAUACAACCGCCGUUUCAGUGGUGGAGUGAGAAGGCUCACAUUCAAUAAAUCGCUUAGAGCAAGGGACGGUAUUGCUGUUGCAUCACGAAGAAGAACUGCUUUCAUGGACAACAACUUGCAUCAGUAUCAGCAGGCAUUACUCAAAGCCAAUGAAGAAAUGUCAAAAGCAAUCGAAAACAUGAAACUUGGACUGUAUGAUCGGUGGUGCCAGAGUGGAAAGCUUAAUCCUCUGUGCCUGACCUUUGAAGAAUUAAAAUGGGAAAUACCUUUUUCUCAACAACCAGAUCCAUUAUUCAAGUACUAUAUACUAUGUUCAUUGAUAGUACUUAUCAGCAUUCUUGCAAUGCAGGGUGCAAAACUCUCCAGGACACACUGGCUGCCAUGGUUAGGCUAUGGAAUGGUUGGAGUUUUUCUUUUUAUUCUCCAGCCUACAACUUGGACUCAUUUUCUGUGGAAUAAAUACUAUGAUCCCCAUGGUGAUGAAGGACCAGUUACACCCCCACAAAACUGUAUCUUGAAAUUCUUCUAUACAACUUCAGAGAGAAUAGUUGAGCAACCAUGUGUCAGAACGUGCCUAUAUGUUAUAGUAUGCACAUCUUUGUCACUCUGCAACAUGCUUGAACUGGCAGAGUGUUAUUUACAGUCAGUAUCAACGGAUUAUUCUCCUUGGGAGACAGGGUGUGUUGCAGGAUGGAACAGUGAGACAUCAAAUCCAAAUCUAGAACCUCAGGUAGCUCACAUCAUGUACAUUGUGUUCUUAACAUUCUCACUUCACCUGAUAGAUAGACAGUCAGAGUACAUGAAUCGCUUGGACUAUCUUUGGAAACGUCAACUUUCAGAAGAGCAGGAUCUAUCAGCUGCAACUCGUCUAGUGAACAAGAUGCUUCUGGAGAACAUCUUGCCAUCUCAUGUUGCUGAGCUCUACCUGAACAUAGAAAGGACCUCUGAUGAACUGUAUCAUGAAGAAUAUGACUCAGUAGCUGUCUUGUUUGCUACUGUUACUGAUUACACUCUUUUUGACUUUGAUCAUCCUGAAAACAGCAAUGAACUAGUUAGCCUACGAGUACUCAAUGAAAUCAUAUGUGACUUUGACAAGCUACUCUUUGAACCAAGUUUUCUGCGUGUUGAGAAAAUAAAAGUAGUUGGCUGGACUUAUAUGGCUGCUUGUGGCUUGGAUCCUGGACGCAGGGACUCAACAACUUCCAUUAGCAGGCAAACAUUCCCCCAACAUGUUGUGUAUGUGCUUGCUCGUUUUGCAACAAGGAUGAUGGCUGCACUAGAAAAAAUAAAUGCCGAAGGUCAACAGUCAUAUAGGCUGAGAGUGGGCAUUUCACAUGGUCCAAUUACUGCUGGGGUUAUUGGAGCACAGAAACCUCUGUACGAUAUAUGGGGCGAUGCCGUUAAUAUGGCGUCAAGGAUGGAUUCAACUGGAGAAGCUGGGAAAAUCCAGGUCACUGAAAACACUGCAGAAGUGCUUGAAGAGCAAGGUGUAUGUUGUCAAUAUCGAGGGCCUACCUAUGUAAAAGGCAAAAACUACAUGACAACAUACUUUGUUUGCAUGGGUGACAACUAUGAACUUCUUUUAAAACCAAAGUCUCCUGAUAUUGUUAACGAAGAAAUUAUGCCAGAAAAUGCUCAGAAAGACAUAACUAAUGUUAUUUCAAAUAAAGAACUUAAUGGUGUAAUUAAAAGUGGUGAAACAAAUCAUAUUACGAGCAACUGUAUCAACAGAAUACAGCACAGUGCAGCUGGUGAUAGUGAAAGGACUGAAGAGAGUGAAGAAGAAUACAACACAUCAUUAUAAUUUCAGAUAGCUGGUGCAUACUUCCACAAAAAGAAGUGCUUCAAAACUUCAAUAUUAAUUGUCAAUAAACUGGAGAACAUAAUUUUUCCAGCAUAUGUUGAAAUCAUACAUGUAAAUAUGUAAAAUGUAAUGAUAACAAGACUGACUGAGUUAAAUACUUUGCAUAUUAAAUCUCAGACCAAAACAUAUUCCAUAGCGAAUUAACAUUAUAUGACCUUGACAAGUAGACUGGAGGAUUUAUCAAGAUUUGAAAAUUCAGCUAAUGCCUGUAUAAUCUUGAUCAUUCCUUUACUAUUACUAUUGUAUGGUUAUGUUGCCUUGCUUUAUAUCUUUUAAUGAGUAGCUCAGAUCCAAUGUAUUGUGUGCGGCUGUACACACAAUGAAACUCUAAUGAAAUAUUUAGAUUCACUCUCCUUUGUAACCACUGUUUUCUGAAAAUACUGAAAUUCAAAAUGACAUGACAUACAAGGUGCAGUGCUUCCAAAUGGAUCACCAGCUAAGUAUUUCAUAAGAAUGAAACAAGCAACAAAGAAAAGGAACAUGAAAAUCAGCUUCUAUUUCAUAAUGCAGAGGGACAUCAUGACAGAUGGAAAUCUGGUUUCAUUCUCCUUAACAAAAUGUUAUUAAUUCUUUUUGUAUUUAAACUACACUGAUUGUACAAAGUAACAGCUAAUUUCCAACAAAAUAAACUACCUAAUUUCUUGUCAGCAUGCCCGUGUGCACAUAACAUAAAGUAUGCAGACACAUAAGUGCUGACAGUACACAAAAAAAUAUUUCAUUCAUCAUAAAAAUUCAUCAUAAGAAAAUAUAUGAGUUGAAGUAAUCUACUUGUAACAUCUCACAUUUUUAAAUUUAUCACCCCACAAAGAAUGUUGGCCAAUUUCAUUUAUAUUUUUACUACAAUAAUAACAAAGCAUUGAAGAUCUGAGUAAUAGAUUUUUGUCCGAUUUGUAAAUAUAGUAAGUGAUAAUUAUGCCAUUGUGACAAAACCAUAGCUUUAUUAUUAUAGAGUUGUGUAAAUCACCAUUUCAUACAUAUCGGUGUAAUAUAUAUACUCUGUACAUACAGUGAUAUGUAUAUUUUAUAAAUACUUGUUAACUAUUGAAGACUGUUUCAACAAACAGAAACUAAGACUACAUAUAAUGUAUCUUGCAAUUUGUAUUAAGAAGUUUUCCGUGCUAAAGCAAAAAAUCUUUACAACUUGUAUGAAACAAGGUAAUUUUACAUACGUUAUUUCUUACAAGCCAAACUAGUCAUAAUGUUUGAAAAUUACUUUUUUUCAUAACAUGAAGAAUGCAGUGUUUUGACAUUUGAUUUUCUUAAGCAGAUUUCUGGUUUCAGCUGUACAGCCACUAUCUGGUCAUAAAAAAGAAUAAUAAUGUACAGGAUGCACAGACAUAAAUUGACCUAUUUAACAAAAUAAACACUGCUUAAUCAGCUGGUAAAAGUUACAACGUGGUGCCAGUGGCGCUGGUGGAAGGUAUGGUUAUGAACAUCACAGAUCUGACAAUGGCUGAAGGCAAAUAUGGUAAUCUGUUUAACUGAAUCAAAAGUAACCUAGACUAUGCAUUUUCCAGUUUAUUUAGAUAUCAAGUCACUGGCGUCCUCCAAAGACCUAAGUGACUUCAUUUAAUGAUACUUCUUUCCACUUCCCCUUCUCUAGCAAAUCCUUAAUUCACAACUAACGACCAUUUCAAGUCUCAUAAUUGACAACCCCAAUAUAUUAAUGUACAAAUUCCACAAUAUUGCAUAAGCCAUCUAUAUUCAAACUUUUGUUUUCCAUCCUAUGUUGACAGUUCUGCUCUUUUGCCCUUCCUGCACAAAAUGUGAUUCUUGUACAAAGUUUGAUAUUGUAAUAACA